UCUCUCGUUCUCUCUCUCGAUCUCGAUCUCGAUCCCACCCCAUCUCCUCCUCGUCCUCCUCUUCAUCGUCGUCCCCAUUGGAUCGCAAUCUCCUCCUCCUUCUCGGCAAUGGCAACCAUGGAGAGCCUCAUCGGCCUCGUGAACCGGAUCCAGAGGGCGUGCACCGUCCUGGGCGACCAUGGCGGCGAGGGCUCCUCCCUCUGGGAGGCGCUCCCCUCCGUCGCCGUCGUCGGAGGCCAGAGUUCGGGGAAAUCGUCCGUGUUGGAGAGCAUCGUCGGGAGGGACUUCUUGCCUCGAGGAUCUGGAAUUGUGACAAGGAGGCCGCUGGUGUUGCAACUGCACAAAACAGAAGGAGGGCAGGAGUAUGCAGAGUUCCUUCACGCUCCGAGGAAGAGGUUUACUGAUUUUGCUGCUGUAAGGAAGGAGAUUCAAGAUGAGACAGAUCGCAUAACUGGGAAAACAAAGCACAUAUCGAAUAUUCCCAUUCACUUGAGCAUAUACUCGCCACAUGUUGUUAAUUUAACACUCAUUGAUCUUCCUGGGCUGACGAAGGUUGCUGUAGAGGGACAGCCUGAAUCAAUUGUUCAAGACAUUGAAAAUAUGGUGCGGUCAUAUGUUGAAAAGCCCAAUUCCAUCAUACUGGCCAUUUCCCCUGCUAAUCAAGAUAUUGCUACGUCAGAUGCUAUAAAGCUUGCGAGGGAUGUUGACCCUACAGGUGAGAGGACAUUUGGUGUCCUGACGAAACUUGAUUUGAUGGACAAGGGCACUAAUGCUCAGGAUGUUUUGGAGGGAAGAUCUUAUCGUCUUCAACAUCCUUGGGUUGGAAUUGUGAACCGCUCACAAGCUGAUAUCAAUAAGAAUGUUGACAUGCUUGAUGCACGACGAAAAGAGCAGGAGUAUUUUGCAAAUAGCCCUGAUUAUGGACACUUGGCUCAUAAAAUGGGUUCAGAGUAUCUCGCUAAGCUUCUGUCAAAGCAUUUAGAAUCUGUAAUCAGAGCAAGAAUACCCAGCAUAAUAGCAUUAAUUAACAAAACGAUUGAUGAACUUGAGGCCGAGUUGGAUCGGUUGGGAAGGCCAAUCGGAGGCGAUGCAGGGGCACAGCUUUACACGAUAUUAGACAUGUGCCGUGCUUUUGACCGUAUCUUUAAAGAGCAUUUGGAUGGAGGGCGACCAGGUGGAGAUCGCAUAUAUGGGGUAUUCGACAACCAGUUGCCAGCAGCUUUGAAAAAGCUCCCAUUUGAUAGGCAUCUUUCUCUGCAAAAUGUUCGGAAAGUCAUAUCUGAGGCAGAUGGUUAUCAGCCCCACUUGAUUGCUCCCGAGCAAGGUUACAGAAGGCUUAUAGAUAGCUCUCUCAGCUAUUUUAAGGGCCCAGCCGAAGCUUCAGUUGAUGCUGUACAUUUUGUCUUGAAAGAACUUGUACGGAAAUCUAUUGGAGAAACAGAGGAAUUGAAGCGUUUCCCUUCUCUUCAAGCUGACAUAGCAGCUGCUGCAAACGAAGCCUUAGAAAGAUUCCGUGAUGAGGGUCGGAAAACAGUUCUCCGUCUAGUUGAAAUGGAAGCCAGCUACCUCACAGUGGAGUUCUUCCGGAAACUUCCUACAGAACCAGAUAACAAAGGUCCAAACAAUACAGCUCCGGCCAUCGACAGAUAUAAUGAGAACCACCUUCGAAGAAUAGGAUCAAAUGUGUCUGCUUACAUUGGCAUGGUAUGUGACACAUUGAGGAAUACUAUUCCCAAGGCCGUUGUCCAUUGCCAAGUCCGAGAGGCAAAGCGCAAUUUGCUUAACUAUUUUUAUGCCCAAGUGGGGAGCAGAGAGAAAAAGCAGCUUAGUGCGAUGCUAGAUGAGGACCCAGCUUUGAUGGAGAAGAGGGACGGGAUAGCUAAGAAGCUCGAGCUCUACAAAUCGGCGAGGAAUGAAAUCGACUCCGUGGCAUGGAAAUAAGUCAUCAUACAAGGACAUAAAAGUUAAUCCUAUACAACAUUUUUCACAGUAAGUAUAGAAGGUAUUUAUGGGCUGGUGCAUUCAUUUCCUCAUUCCUUUGCACUUGAAAGACUAUAUGAUGCCGUCAUUUAUUCGUUUUUUUUUUUUUUUCUUAUCGACUAUAUGAGCUGUGAACUACACUUUCCGUUUUGCUUCUCUCUUUUGUUGAUGAUGUUCAUUCAAUUAUUCUUCAUACCUGAAGGUUGUUUAUGUUAUUCUGAGUGAAGUGUUGUAGUUACGAUAGUUCGCGGCGAUUA